UCAUACAUUUGUAAAUAGUCAUAACUAGCAGUACGAUAUUUAAGUUGCUGCUUCAGUCUCCUUGUUAAUUGUGCCUAAAAUCAUUUAUAUGGCCAACUACGCCUCACUUCCUAUUUAACAUUGCCAUAGCAACAGACCUGCUACUUCAUAGCUUUCCCUGGCUCCACAAACCAGUAACUCCCUAACAUUAGCUAGCUAGCAAGUUAACAAGAAAAGGCAGCUAAAACUUGUGAUAUAGACUAACUAGGGGUUACGGCUGUACGGAUAAUUUACCAAUGUAUUUGUCAAGCUAACUAACUAAUUGCGACUGCUCUGUUUUGGAUGGCUGUUCAUCUUGAAAAUUCUCCUCAUAAUGCUAUCCUGUAGCGACCCCCUGGCGAAAUCAAUAUGGCAUCUGAUAGCUACCCAUCACAUGAGGGCAGGAAGAAGAAGAAAAAGGGUGACAAAUGUGUAAAGAGCAAAGACAACGAGGCUGAUGUCCUGAAGGUCCAGGUGGACAUAGAGGAACUCACAGCCUCUGGCCACAUUGCCCUAAAGCAAGGGGACUGUGAAGAAGCCCUCUGCUGUUUCAAAAAGGCCUUCAAAGCUUCCAUAGAGUUAAAGGAGACCAGGGUCCAGCAGGCAUGUGCCUUUAACCUGGGAGCUGCCUACGUGGAGGCGGGUAAAGCCCUGAAGGGGCUGGACUUCCUGAAGCGGGCCCAGCCAGGAGAGAAGGGGGAGCGGGUAGCAGACCUCCAGUUCAAUCUGGCCGUAGCCCAUGAGAUCCUGGGGAACCAUGGCCAGGCGGCUGGUUACUACCUCCAGGCAGCCCAGCUGUACCGCUCCCAGGGGGACGGGGCCAGUGAGGGGGACUCCUGUAUGAAAAUGUCCCACUGUCACCUGCUCCUAAAGGACUGGACCCAGGCAGCUCAAAGCUUCCAGAGGGCUGGAGAGAGCUACAGGAUGGCAGGCAAGCUGGACUCAGCCACCAUGGCCUACAAAGAGGCAGGGAGUCACAUGCUCCAGUCAGAUGACUUCACCACAGAUGAUAUCAUCACCGUUCUCACUGAUUGCCUCGAGCUGAGCAACAACAUCAAAGACCCAGAGUUGCUCGGUAAGGUGUACAAUGACCUAGGCCUGAUUUUCUCCCAGCUGAAGUUGUUCCAGGAGGCAGCCGGGUGCUAUGAGCGGGCCCUGCCCCUGGCCAGCACCAGGCCCAGCAGGCUGGCCGUGGUCCUACAGAACCUGGGAGCCGUUCACAACACACUGAGCCAGUACCGGCAGGCCCUGGACUACCACCGCCAGGCAGCCAACCUGCAUGGGUCUUUGGGCAGUCGUCGUGCUCAGGGCCGCUGCUUCAGUAACUUGGCCUUUGCUCUCAGUCAGCUGGGGGAGCAUGAGGAGGCAGCAGAGAACUACCUCCACGCCUUGCAGGCCUUCAAAGACACUGAUGACUAUAAGGGCCAAUGGCAGACUUGUGAGUGUUUAGGGGAAGCUCGUUUUAAGUUGAGAGACCUGGAGAGAGCCACCCUCUACUACAAACAAGCUCUGGGUUUACUGUCAAAGUGCAAGGACUCGUCCAGCUCGGUCCAGGAGCGUCUGGUCAACAAGCUGAGCGAGGCCCUGCAACACAGGCUGUCACUGAUCACCCUUGGAAAACCCCAGAGAUGUCUCGGCCCUCGUCUACACACUCAAAAUAGAAAAGCUGUUCUGAAUGGCCAUAGGGCAAAGACUGAGCCCCAAGUGAGUGGAGCUGGCUCAGCAGAGGUGUCUACCGGAGAGCCGGGGAAGGAGGAGGAUGCCCCGGGGCCAGAUGGAGAACAGGCACACUCAGUGACCAUGAGAGAAGCAGGUGACUCCCAGUCACCGGUGACAGGAUCUCUCACUGAGCAGCCGGGCUAUCGGACUGUGCUGCCAGGGGCAAACAGGAACCUGAAUAAUCAUUUUGAGCAUCCCGACCCCCAUUACCAGAACCAGGACCCAUCAAACCACCCUGUACUCGCCCAGCAGAGCGAGAAUUUAUAUGAGCGCAUUAAACCGAUGACAACACAGACUAACAGUGAGACUCCAUUGUCCGAGAGCUCCGAAGUUUCACCCACUGCUGCGUCAGAUAAUGAAGAGACCAUACCCCUGUUAAAGAAACGGAAGUCCCAAAUCUGCACGGUCAUGUAGAUGCAAGUCCAGGCUAAUGUGGUUGGUUAUUUGAAAGUAUUCAUAGGAAUGACUCUUGAGUGUAUUUCUAUGGGUAAAAUCUGCUCUUUGCAAAUUGGUAUAUAAAAUACUAAUGCACAUGUAAGUAAGUGCUACUCUAUAAUAUUGUCUAUCUCAUCUCCUGCACGUACAAGUGUUGCCUUGUCAUUGCAUUUGUCUUCCAAACAAUCCCUGUGUGUAUGCUGGUCAUUGUCCCCCACAAUGAAAUCGGGGAAGGCACUUUGGAUCUGUUUCCGUCCGUUAGUAGGUUCACGUGUUAGUCACAAGCAAUAUCUCAGACAGCACUGGCCCGAUUUUGACUAAACUUGGGUGAAUGAUGUGUCUUGCCAUAACGUUAAGGCAUUUAGAAAAUUACACUGAUUGGCCAGAUGGUGGCUCUGUAACGAGAUUGAAAAUGCAAACUUUGAAAGGUCACGCCCCUCACCCCGUUUGACAUUAAGUCAUGAAAUGUAGUAGAUCGAUCCCUGUCUUCACAAGGAACAAGUUUGUCUCGGGACCCAUAAGUUCCGCCAUGAUUAAUUUUCCGUCAUUUUGAAUUGUGUGAAAAACAGUUAACACUACUCUUCUGUUACCGAAUGACCGGUCUGCACGAAACUUGAUAUGUGGCAUUUAUGGAAAACGAUCUCUCAAUGUAAUAUUUGACUGGUAGCUACAACAACAUGGCUGCUAUUGACCAAUAAACAUUCACGUAGGUGUGGUUUGGCACAUAACUGCAUAUAAAUCAGUCAAGGAUAUUCAUAUUGUAACAGAAUGUGGUACACAUGUUGCAAACACUGUCAAGACUCAACAUAUGCAAGAACAUUCAUAUUGACCUUGCGGUGGCGCUAUAACGGGCGUAUAUCUGUUGAUCUAUUUGACUUAGUGAUUAAAUUUGGCACACAUGUUUAGGGAUAUGAGCUAACCCACACGAUGUCUCAGACACCACUGGCACAAUUUUGAUGAAAUUUGGGUGAAUGAUUAGUCAUGCCAUAGAGAUCUGGCAUUGACAAAAUUACACUUAUUGGGCCGGUGGGGAAGGGGGCUAUAGUAAUCAACUGUACAUACGUUAGUCAUUCGUGGGGGAUGACAUGUUUACUGUUGCCUUAUUUCAAGGUAUCUUGGUAGUCAAUAUUCUAAGAUUGUCAUAUUGGAUAUUUUUUCUUUGAUCAUGCUAACUUAAAUCUCUGCUCUUCUCUUGAAUCAUGGUUGUACAAUUUGAAAUAAAUGUAAUCUGUUUUUGAAGUAUUUAACUCUGAUCCUUUGUAAAUUAAUAGUCACCCCAAGGCUUAACAAAGCCAUCGCCGUUGAUCAUUGCUACAAGAGAACACAAAAAAGAACGAGCACCCAAUCUGUUUUCAAUUGGUUUUCCUAAAGGGCACACUUUGAGAAAAUAGGCCUAACUUUUAAUUAAAUGCAAAUGGAGGGUAAAUUAAACUUGGCCGCUUCAAUCGACUUGUUAAACAUGUUAAUGAAACAUUUUCAUUAUGCCUCAGCUAUGGCAGAGGUCAUGUUCACAGUUUUCACAAGUCAAAUUGGGGAUGGCAAGAGUCAAUCUAUUGUAAAGAAAACACAUUCCAUGCAUUUGUUUAUGGUAAAGAGUGUUUUAAACUAAAGUGUAAGCGUUACCCAUCAAUUGUAAGCGUUACCCAUCACAUGGCUUGAUAAUAGGUCUACAAUUUGUAUUCUUUUUUUUAACUAUAUGUAAUCACAUCCUUUGCCGCUUUUCAGUGGCAAUGUAGAAAUGAUGCCAAUGACGCGCAGGGCAACAUGCGUCACUCAUGAUGUAGGCUCAAGUUUACUUUGCCCAAAUGGUCAAUAAAAUCCUGCCUUUUAUUGUCAAAGUGCUGUCGUAACUUCUGACUCUUCGGAGUCGGUCUCUAUCGAAUAUCACCUAAUAUAUCGAAUGAUCUUUGAUUAACUGGUUAAUAAACUGGUUCGAUUUAAAUGGUUAAUAAAAUGUAGCCGGAUAAUUUUCAAUCUGAAAGCGAGUAAACCGUAUUCAAAAUGUUUUUUUUUUUACUUCAGACCUUUCAGAGGGCAGGUACUCAACAUGAAAAAGGGCACCCCCUGCUCAACUCAAUUUAAACAAAAUAUAUAUCUAUUUUAUUUUUACUUUCAGAAUUGUUAACCAUCUCGAAAUUCAGAACAUAGCCUACUAAAUGCCUCUGUAGCAUUUUUUAAUUCAUUUUCUUUUAGCAUAGGCCUAUUUAGUUCUGCAACAACACACUAACUCAUCACAAAUUGAAAGCAAGCUAGUUACAGUGCCUCCUAAACACAUGAUUGACAUUGGGAAAAGAUGAUCAGCUGAUCGUUGAUGAUUGAUGUAAAUCUGCUAGUUAGCUAGCUUGAUUAUUUGUUUUUUUACUGAUUUAGGAUUUAUCUUCAAUGCUAUUAAAUAAUAACUUCAUAAUAUACCUUAUUAUUCAAUCUUCUAACUCGGGAUAUGUGGCUUGUGUGGAUAAUUUAGUAUAUGGUGGUUAGCUAGAUUCUAGACUACCUGUGUUCAGUGAUUAACUUGUAAAUCGGGAGGUGCUGGAACAAAAAGUGAGUAACUGAGAGCAACCCCCCCCCCCCUCGUGCUCACUUUUUGUUCCAGCACCUCCCAAUUCAUGGUGUAGUAGACUAUUCUGAAUUAUUCCAUUUCUUACUGAACAGACAGCAGUAACUCUAACUUUUGCAAAUGUAUUUCAAUUUAGGGAGAGGUGGAAAUGUACACCAUUGUUACCCAGCGGAGGGUCAUGCUUUUUCAAUUUCAGUCAGGGGGAGGGUUUAGUCUUUUCUUUUUUUUAGUCCAGGUGAGGGUCAUGUAAUUUGUAAUCGAUUAAAUGUCAUAUUGUUCAGUGUUUUAGAAUUAGUAUGAUACCCCUUAUCCCUGAUUUUCUACUGGGUGUGCAAUAUCAAGCAUUCCUAGUGUGGUCUCAAUAAAAUGAUCUGUAGCCUAUACUAUAGGCCAAGGGUGGGCAAACUUUUUGGCUCGAGGGCCGCAUCCGGAUUUUGAAAUUCAACGGAGGGACGCAUUUUUUGGGGGACCAAUUGUUUGUUAAAAUCAAUUUGCGGGGGCCUCUCGAGUGGUGCAGUGGUCUAAGACACUGCAUCGCCAUACUUGAGGCUUCACUACAGACCCGGUUUCGAU